CGGAGGACUGAUCGCUGUCUGCGGGACAAAUUGAUCAAGUUCUCAUGGGUCAGGAUUUGCUACCGGUCACUAGGGGUGAACGCGACAGAAUAUUUUUCAUCGGUCAUUGCCAGCAGGUGGGGCUUUCUUCCACUCGGACGGAAGACAAGAAGAAGACAAUCAACCAACGUCAGUCAGAGUCAGAAUGGACACAGAUCUGAACUCCGCAAUCUCCGCCUUCCUGUCAAAUUGUGAGGAUCACCACCUGCUACGGUUGACGCGAUUCUACAUGGAGCGAUUGGAGCAGGCAAUUGAGGAGGGUGUGGAGGGAGUCAGCUUCAUGUUAAUGGGCGAGGAUCACCUCACCGGGCUAGAGUAUCAUAGCGUGACUGAGCUCGCCGAGAAGGGGAACCGAGCAGACGCUUCCAAACUCCCCCUGGAUCUGGUGAUGGAGAAGGGCUCCGGGGCCCGGAAGGUGAUGUGGGAAUCCUUUGUGAAAUUACAUCAUCAUUUACCGAAGCUGAGCAGAAUAUUGAAUGAAAUACGGGAACGUGGUGACGGCCAGGUCGCCUACAUGGACACUGAGCGGGGUUUAUCUGAAGUGCCCAAGCAUCUGAAAGAUGUUCGAAGGAAACACACGGAGACUCUGCGGGCACAAACUGAAACACUGAGAGUGAAUACGAUCCUGAUGAGGGAGAAGGUGAAGGUUUUCCAGCUGGUUGAUCGAUACGUUGAGCUCACGGUCAUUUCUACUGUUCGAGAUCGGAGACUGGUGGAACAUGAGCUGUUAGCAAGAGGCAGAGCCCACGAAGAAUUGAGAGAGAAACAUCUCCACAGAGAGCUGGAAAAAAUCCGGAUACAUCAGUUAUUCAAGAGGAGUUUUCUUAAACAAUUUAAAAGACCUAACAUGGAAAAAAAAUCUGGGAUGUCCACAGCGGUGGCCGGCGUUCCAGGGAUCGGAAAAACAACAAUGGUACAAAAGAUUGUUUAUGACUGGGCCACAGGGAAAAUAUAUCAACAAUUCCAGUUUGUCUUCAGUUUCAAAUUCCGCGAUUUAAACACCAUUAACUGCAGAAUAUACAUGAAGGAACUGAUUCUGGAUCAGUAUCCUUACUUUGGGAAUAUUCUGAGAGAGGUCUGGAAGAACCCAGAGGGAUUGCUGUUUAUAUUUGAUGGUUUGGAUGAAUUCAAUGACAGAAUUGAUUUUGCUGACAGCCGGAGAAACACAGAACCUCAGCCCACAUGCACAGAUCCUGAAUUCAAGUGCAAGGUGUCUGACAUUGUGUACAGUUUAAUCCAGGGCAAGCUGCUCCCAGGGUGUUCAGUGCUGGUAACCACCCGCCCCACUGCGUUACAUUUAUUGGAAAAGGCUGAGAUCAGUGUCUGGGCUGAAAUCCUGGGAUUUUCUGGUGAGGAACGGAAAAAAAUAUUUCAUCAGGCAUUUUGA